AUGGCUGGGCGCGAGGAAUAUGCACAGUCAGCUGCUGCAAAUUAUGCUCUGCUUUCAGAACAGGCAGAGCCUCUACCCCAAAGCCACACUGAUCAAAUUGAUCAGCACUUGAUCGCUAGGCAUAGGUAUCCGGCUUCGAAGGCUUCGAAGGGCGGCAUGGUACUCCUCGCAUCCAAAACACUCAUUUUCUUCUGCAUCACAGCAACAAUAUAUCUUGUCCUGAGCGGUUUUUGGUGUAUAAAAGAGCUGGAGACUCGUCAGCUGUUGUCAAGUGGAAUGCAAAAGCGGUUGUUGUCCAUACAAGACUCUCGUUGGGCCAAGGAAUGCAUAGAAAGAGGUACAACUGGACAAUCCGGCGCUCACAACAGCACUGAACAUGCAGAACCCGUUGCGCGUGCCAGCAGCAUCCUUGCCAAGAAUGAGACUCUACCAGUGUUCUAUGGCGGUGUUCAUAGUAAAUCAGGGAGAGGGGAGGUUGGUGCAGAUCGAAGCUUGAGAGCUGAUUGGAUGAAAGCUCUCCUGGAACACUCCCCGAGUGUAGCGGAAUGUAAGCGUCAGCUAAAGGCGCUCCAUCUGCCAAAAAAGGAUCGCAAAAAUCUGACAAGUCAAGAAGCAAAACUUUUAGAAAAGGCAGAAGCGGGCCUGCACGACCUCCUCGCAUUCAGGUUUCGCCUCGUUGCAGGCUUGCACAUGACAACGAGGGAACGAAGACAUUUGAAAAAAUUAAGAGAAGAUCUUGAAUUGAAAACUGACAAUUAUUCACUUAAAAGGCUGGAGAAGACAGAUGCAAAACUUUGCUAUCUCGAAGAUCUAACCAAAAGAGGCAAAAAGGAUCUUUUGUAUGUCGGUAAAGUACUGGGUUUGCUGCUCCUGCACAAGGAGCAGCGGGCCAUUUCACUCCGUAUACUCGCGUCUCAUCGCCUGCAGAACAGAGAAAUAUCAGUUAAGGCAGCAAACGCAAUCGGAUUAGCCACCCUCUUGAUGAAAGGCUCCCGGUCCUCCAGUAUGGCAUUCACUGCUGAUGAGGAGAGUGAACUUCUUAAAAUAAGCGAAGGUUUCCUGAAGAGCUUGCAGGAAGCAGCAGCAGACCUUUCGCAGCUAAUAAGAGCUCCAGGCAGUAGUCAUUCAACCCUAAAGAAACGCGCGGCGAAGUAUCAUUCUCUUCAACAAAGCGUUUCCAUGUAUGCUUUGCAACUGCACAGUGUUCUGAGGGAUGUCACAACGCAGAAGAUCCUAAAACGCCUGGAUCAGGAAAACUUGAAGCUGCGUAAAGCCUUAGAGAGGGCGGAUCGAUUGUUGCAAGACUCAUGCAUGGGGGGUGAAGGAAUAAUUUCGUCUGUGCGCUCACUACUUAGAUUUUCCCUAUUUAAGAGUGGGCGAGGUUUCGAUGGUUCCAGCAAUACGCUGCAGGCCCGCUAUGCAAAACUCAGAUAG